CUCCACAUCCUCAGCGCCUAUCCAUCGAUACCCUGAUCCCAACGGAACAGGCCGGAAUUGUCACUAUGGAGGACGUCGAGUUCACCCGGUCGCAUUCCAAGUCGCCGCUUCCACAGGCUGGCGACGACCCAGCCGAUCCUCUGCGCCCCGAGAUUGACGAGGAGAAUGCUACUCCAAACCCACCCAUCGGUGAUCCAGACCAAGAUAUGGAGGUGACAGAGGACCGGCCUGGCGAGAUGCCUGACCAGGACGACAUCGAGGCCGGCUUGUCAGACAAUGAGUCGGUCCUUUCCGAGGCGCUGGAUGACGAUCAAAUGGACGAGCAGUUUGGUGACUUCGAUAUCAACAACGUCGCUAUCGAUGAGCGUCCGGCGCAGGCUAUUGACGAAGACAACGUCAAGCAGAUUGGUGUACACAAGCGGAAGCGCACCGCGGGAGAGGGCGAAGAGCCAAAGAAGAAGAAAAAGAGAGCCGAGAAGCCACGCCGGAAGAAGAACAAGGACGGCGACGAUGAUGGCGAUAUUCCUGAAGGCGACAGGCGUAGCAAGCGGUCCAAGAAGGCAGGCAGAGUCCGCGGCGCAAGCCCAGAUGGCGAUCCAGACGAGCAUCUCACUCCAGAAGAGCGACGAAAGAAGCAGCUCAAUGCCCAGAUAGACAGCAUUGUCAGCACCAGCUCAAAUCGCCGCCGCAAGAAGGAUGGCAUUGACCUCGAACAAAUGGCCGACCAGGAGAUUGAGGAGAUGCGCCGCCGUAUGGCAGCAGCUGCCGAAGCCGACAACGAAGGCCGAAAGCGCAACGAGCCCGCGCGACACAAGCUCAAACUUCUGCCUGAAGUGACAGCCCUGCUGAACAAGAACACAUUGAGGGAUACUAUCGUGGACCCUGAGGUGAACCUGCUCGAGUCGGUGCGCUUCUUCCUGGAGCCCCUCAGCGAUGGUAGUCUUCCUGCGUACGACAUCCAGAAGGAUCUCAUGGCUUCGUUGGCGAAGUUGCCUGUCAACAAGGACACACUUGUUGCAUCUGGCAUUGGCAAAGUCAUCAUGUUCUACAUCAAGAGCAAGAAGCCCGAGUUGACCAUCAAGCGACAAGCCGAGCGCCUCUUUACAGACUGGACGCGUCCUAUCCUUAGGCGGACAGACGACUACCGUAAGAAGGAGUUUGCCCAGGCCGAUUACGAUCCAAGUCAAAUGAAAACUGGCGACAGGUCCGCUGCCAGCAGCCAAGCUGCGGCCAUUGCAGCCAACCGCAAGAAGCAGCUCGAAGCUCCCAAGGCCUUCCAGCGCGCCCGCAUGGAGUCUGGUCCCACUACGUAUACCAUCGCGCCCAAGAGCAACGUUGUGUUCAACGAGAACGCACGGAGCCGUUCGAGCAAUGUGGAUAUCAUGAAGCAGAUCAGGGGAGGUCGCAGUGGUGGCAGGCGUUGAGCUGGAUCUCACAGCGCACUUUGUUUUGGGGUGCGUUUUCUUUCUAGUAUUACUUCCGAUGAUGCUUGCUCUCGACAUCGCUUUGGUAAUAUUACAAACUCUUGAGGGUUCAGCAUGUUAAAAUUGCAUAGCGGGCGUUACUUGCAACUUAGAGUCGGUGUGUGGAUUCCGCCAGCUUCUUGUACACUAUACCAAUGCAGUUC